ACACAAUUAAUCCAUCGCGACCAAAUAAAAAAAUAGGUCCAGUUUGGUCGAGGAAGAGAGAAGAAGAAGAAGAGAAAAAAAGAGCCAUUAUGUCUCGCUUCGUGUUGGACUCCAACAACUUAUGGCUGGUCGGCAACUCCGACGGCACGAUCGCUGUCCUCGAUGGCCCGGACGUUGCCGACCUCAACCCCAAAGACGUGACCGGCGACGUGAGCAAGUGGCAGCUAAUGGCUCGUAUCGGGACCAACUCGGCUUCCACUCACCAGGAUCUGGAAGUCUUCGGCGUCGUAUUCGGGGGCCAGAAGCUGGAAGAGCUGAGGAAGAACACCUACGACGACCAAGUCACCGUGACCAGAGAAGGGUUCAUGAUCCGGUGGCUCAACCCUAGUGGCAGCAAGGGCCCCAAGGAAGGAAAUCCCUACCGCCGCCUCAACGAUCUCUUCGACUGGUCAAAGCAUGGUGUUGAGGUCCCCACUCCGGUCGCAACGGAGUGGGACCGGUACCAGCUUGGUACCGGGAAGCUAAUGGCGGAGGGCUCGGGUUUGGUCAACCUGGCGAAAGUCAUAGAGGAGCUGGAGAUGGAGAACCAGACGCUUCGGGAUGAGAAGGACUUGGAGAUCAGGGAGUUGAACAAGAAGCUGGUCGAGGGUAAAGGUGACGGCGGCGGUGAUAAUAAGUCUGCUGCGGACAAAGAUAAGGAGAUUGCUGUCAAAGAUGAACAGAUCCGUGUUCUCAAGGAGGCACUCAAACUCUUCCUCUAAUUUAAGCUACUACUGUUCCUUUCCGUCCACCCGCCGGCGCUCGUUGGUUAAUAUGUGUGUACCCCGUACGUGCUUCAUAUGUGUGUUAUGUUGCUGUGUUAUUUCCAAUUAAUGAAAUAAAAAUUGAAGU